ACACACACCCCUCUUAGGCUCCUCCUCAUCUUCUUCUCCCUUCUCUCGUCCCCUCCUCCCUUCUCUCCUACCGAGUCCAGUGUCGAAUAGCUAGAGGCGCCGGCCGCCAUUGCUGGCCCCUGCACGCGCCGCCCCCCCUGCGCCACGGCCGUCGCCGCCGGCGGGAAGUGUAGCUCGCCGCCGCCACUCUGCGCGCACCCCCUUCGCCUUGCUCCGCCCGCCGCCGCCGCCGCCGCCGCCGCCGCCGACGCCGAGGUCGCUGCCGGUGCCCCCGCGCGUGCCCUAGCCACUCCCCCUGCCGCCUCCGCCUCCACAUUGCCCCGCCCGCAGCUGACGGAGUCGCCGCCGUCGCCCCCCGCGCAUCUGGCAUCGAAGGCCUCCCACCCUCCACCGACGUCGCUCGGCUUCGCGGGGACCCUCCGGAGCUGUGGCCACAGGUUCGGCGAGGGCGCUGCUGUUGGUUGGACGAGCUCGUUGGUGGCCUGAUCUGCUCAGUGGCGGUGCGGGGAGGCACGACAAGAUCCCCGCCGGCCGGAUCAGGUGGAGAUUGGUUAGAUCUUUUGGUUGGCAUCCGCGGUUGUUGGUCCACUCGGUGCUAGCCUUGGUACGCUGCCUCAAAGCCUUGCUGCGGCUAUGGUUUUGGCGUGAGAAGCUCGGUGGAAGAUGUGGAAAGGGUUCCUCAGCAAGCUGCCCCGGAAGACCUCGGCCUCUGGGAGGGGCGCCGACCUCGACUCCGGCCAGUGCAGCAAUGGCGCUGGGAAUGGGAACCCGAUACAGCGCACCAGCAGCUGCGGCAGCAUCCCAUCUGGCCGCUCCACUUCCACCAUCAAGCGCAUGUCAUCCGCCAUCUUCCCGUCCAGCGUCGUGGCUGGUAUUGAGCCACUUGUCUCGUUCAAGGAUGUCCCCAACUCGGAGAAGCAGAAUCUGUUCGUCAGCAAGCUGAAUCUGUGCUGUGCUGUCUUUGACUUCUCGGAUCCGAACAAGAGCUCGGCGGAGAAGGAUAUCAAGAGGCAGACGUUGUUGGAUCUCAUAGAUUACGUGGAUUCCAGCAGUUCCCGUUUCUCCGAGGCGGUGAUUGCUGCUAGCUCUAGGAUGUUUGCUGUCAACUUGUUCCGGGUGUUUCCUCCAAAUUACAGGUCCAGUUCAUCUGGCGGCGGCGAGGGUGAAGAGGAGGAGCCAAUGUUUGAGCCUGCAUGGUGCCAUCUGCAGCUUGUUUAUGAGCUGCUACUGAAAUUUAUUGGAUCCUCGUCCCUCGAUGCAAAGGUAGGGAAAAAGUACUUUGAUCACUCCUUCAUUGUGAAACUGCUGAAUCUUCUUGAUUCAGAGGAUCCAAGGGAAAGGGAUUGUUUGAAAACUAUUCUGCACAGGAUUUAUGGGAAGUUCAUGGUUCACCGUCCUUUUAUCCGGAAAGCAGUAAGCAAUAUAUUCUACCACUUUGUGUUUGAGACUGACCGGCAUAACGGAAUUGCUGAGCUGCUGGAGGUAUUUGGCAGUGUUAUUAGUGGCUUUGCGUUGCCUCUGAAGGAAGAACACAAAAUCUUUCUUUGGAGAGUUUUGGUUCCUUUACACAAACCAAAAUCAGUUGGUGUGUAUCUCCAGCAGUUGACAUAUUGUGUGACACAGUUCAUAGAAAAGGAUCCCAAGCUUGCUAGCUCAGUAAUUAUUGGUUUGCUAAGAUAUUGGCCAAUAACAAAUAGUCAGAAGGAGGUGAUGUUUCUGAGUGAGAUUGAAGAGAUCUUGGAGACAAUCAGCACGGCGGAAUUCCAGAAAUGUAUGGUACCUUUGUUUAGGCGGAUUGCUCAAUGCAUCAAGAGCUCUCACUUCCAGGUUGCUGAACGGGCGCUUUUCAUAUGGAACAACGAUAACGUUAUUAGCUUGAUUGCACAAAACCGCCAAAUGAUCAUGCCUAUCAUUGUUCCAGCAUUGGAACAUAAUAGCCAGAAUCAUUGGAACCAAGCUGUCCUGAAUCUCACAGAUAAUGUAAAGAAGAUGUUUUCUGAGAUGGAUGACGUGCUCUUUUCGGCGUGCCUGGUCAAGUACAAGGAGGACGAAGAAAGGCAAGCUUCACUGGAAUCAAAGAGGAGGUUAACAUGGGAGAAGCUAGAAUCAGCUGCUUCUUUCCAGCCAGUGACGGGCCAUACAGCCGUCCUGGUAGGCCGCCAACCCUCAGCAAAUUUGAUUGCCACCCUUAUUUAGCAUGUGUUCAGUGGAGGUGAAAAAUUAGCAUGUGUUCAGUGAAGGUGAAAAUGGGGUUCUUCACUUUCUGGUGAUGCUCACCAACUGAACGACUUCAGACUUCACUAUUUUCCCCUUAUUUCUUUUUUAUGUCUGUAUUAGUAAGCAGUGCUGUAAGUUGUAACUAUUUUCGUAUGUUUAUGCUCUGAAGGCAAAGCAUGUAUCGAGUGCUUAAACUCCUUACCUGUAUCUUUGCCUGUUUAUUUAUGAGCAAUUUCCUACGCCUAAACUCACUCUUCUUCUGGUCAUGGUUGCUCAAGCAACUUCUAAUACGUUGAUUCAGUUUGGUAGUA